CAUCAAUCAUUAUCCAAACUUAUCUUCUCCCUAAACUCUCUCUCUAUCUUGUGCAUACGCCAUUGACGUCGUAUUGCUUUGAUCAUUGCACUUGAAGGUGACAUUUCUUAAACUCAGAUCAUCUUUUAGUCCUUGAUUCUUCUCCUCUUUAGAUCUACAGAAGAUUUACAGAGAGAAACUAUCACUCAUAGCUUUUGCUGUCUCAUUUUGGUAUCAGAGCCAUCUCGAACCUCACGGAUCUAGAUAUGGUAGAAACACGUAACCAAGAGAAGACGAUGCUCGAGCUGGUUGAGGAAAUCCGUACCGGUCAAGAACGCCACACAAACGAGUUCCGUCAGCGCGCUGACUCACUCGACGACCGCUACAACAAACUCGAAAGACUCGUUUUUGAACAUGUUUCUCAAACCCAGGCGCCAGGGAAACAACCGUUCAACGACGCCGGUGGCUCUCAGAUGAUGGACCCAACUUCUGCGGAGUCAAACCGACCCCCAGAACCUCCAGAUCUACAUCGGUUCCAGCAUUACACACCCGGCGACCGUUCUACACCCCCGAUGAACACCCUCACCAAUAGGCUUACGAAACUGACCUUCCCAGCCUUUGACGAAAACCUUGGUACCAGAGAGCAAUGGCGGUGAGUCAGAACUAGUAGAGAAAGAUCAUUGACAGAAGAUUUCUUAAAACACAAGCUUCACAUAUACAAAAACUUCUUCUGGAUAUAUAUGCAGUUUUAUCAUCAUAUCCUAUGUUUUCUUGAUCUUGUUUAAGAUUGAUCAAGAAUUGCCUUUUCUUGUUCUGCACGCCAAAGACGAGUCAUGUUUAGUGAACACAACUCUCUUGUUCUCAUGGUUAUCGAUGUAACGAUUCUACUAUAGUCCGAGACUUUGAA